UAGUAAACUGUUAUCUACGAUUUGUUAUCUUGAUUUUCAUAUCAGAUGAAGCGAACAAAUAUUAAUUUGAUAAACCGAUACGUCAUCGAGUUGAAUCAGAGGAAAAAGUAAGGCGUAGAUGUACCUGAGAUGUUCGAUGAAAAAUAGUUGUAUGCUGCAAGGCAGACUUUUUGGCACAAACUUUUAAAAAAUUUUAAAUAAGUAGACUACUUUAUUGAGGGUUUUAUACAAUGUGGUUUAAAAAUGUGAUUCGUGAGUGAAAAAGGAAAGAAAGUUCUAGUAUUGUUGAGUUCUUACACGCAUUGGUAUCAAGAGUCUCGAAGCAACAAAGUGUACUUGUAUAAGUGUUAUAUUGUGACGAGGUGCCUGACUCACGGAGAACUCAUCUGGCUGCUAACGAUCAGCUGCAGUUAAUUAAAUUUCCUCAAAUUGGUUCUUCCUUGGUUGGAUCUGUUAGUCUGAAAAAACCGAUAAUUUAAAGGAAAUGGCUUCAGAAAAGCGCCAGCUUUUCCCUGAAGUUGAAAAGCCACCGCCUUAUACACCUUCUGCACCACAAGGGACUUCGUGGCAACCGCCUCCCGGAUAUUACCAGAGCUCUGCUAUUUCGUACCAACAAGAACCUUCUACGACGAUUAUCGUUCCCGAAAUUAUCCUCGUUGGCGCCUGUCCUGCAUGCCGAGUGGGAGUUCUGGAAGAUGACUACACGUGCCUGGGAAUUUUCUGUGCAAUUUUCUUCUUUCCAAUCGGAGUCAUUUGUUGCCUUUUAUUAAAAAAUAGACGCUGCUCUCACUGCGGCGCCUACUUUGGUUGAAAUUCUGCUGCAGAGGCAGGAUUAAAAAGAAAAGAAAAAGAAAAGAAAAAAUCAUCAAAAACUGAAAUGCUGGCUGUCCUGGAGGUUGUGAUCAGGAAACAUUAAUCCGCAUUGUAAAGUGCGGAGCGUAUUAGAUAAUUUUAAGAUAAUGCGGCACGUGGUCGAAUGUUUUCGACCAGCAAUCCGUCAUUUUUAAUGCACCAUUAAAAUAAUUCUGUCUGGGAGCAAGCAACAUUCCCUUGAAUUUAGGAAAUUUCAGGUUUCUAAAAAAAUAUAUAUAUUUUCGGUUACUGUGUACAAAACAAAAAGAUUGGAAGACUGAAAUGCAAUAAAAGAAAAGUAUAAUAAAGAAACAGGAACGAGAAGAAAAAAAAAAAAGAGUCGGAAGAAGAAUUGUGACAGUUGUUGAUAAGAUCACGCUCGACAUCUAAAGUUAUAUGGUUAAAUCUCGCAUAUCAUUUUUCAAAGAGUAUCGAAUCUCGAGGAAGAUUUGAUACUAUUUGAAAUCUAUGAAUUCGUUUGUGCCGCAAAUUAAAUAUUUUCAAAUAAACUAUUAUCAAAUUAAGAGUAAUAUAUGAAUGAGUUAUUAUAAGUGUUAAUUAAUUUUCACGUGAUCUUCAAGUGAAAUCAUUGUUUAACGUCUCACGCUGAACUUUGAAUUCAGUUCUAAAUGAACACUCGUAUUUCUGAGCUUUUGCUGUUUCACUAUAAAAAAAAAAAAAAAA